GAGGCGGGGUCUGCGGCCCACGGUGGGAGGAACGUGGAUAGUGACCCCUAUCCCGGAUUGCCACCGCGACCCUGACCCUCACCGGAUCCGGGCAGCCUCCCCCACGCGGGCCCUUCCGUAUGGCCCGGCACGUGUUCCUGACGGGGUCCCCAGGCUUGGUAGUCUGAAGCCUACGUAUCCUUUCCCAGAAAACGGGACUUAAGUACCUAGGUGAGAGAGGACAAGCGACGAGGCCCCCUGUGGCUAUGCGGAAGUGAUGAGGAGGAAGGUAGUUUGAGAACUUUCUAAUAUCCAAAGGAGUUGGAAAAACCACACUGAUCCAGAAAGCCAGUGAGGUUUUAAAGUCCUCUGGCAUGCCUGUCGAUGGAUUUUACACAGAAGAAGUCAGACAGGGAGGGAGAAGAAUAGGAUUCGAUGUGGUCACCUUAUCCGGCCUGCGGGGACCUUUAUCUAGAGUUGGGUCAGAGCCUCUGCCAGGAAGACGGGAAUGCCGAGUUGGGCAGUAUGUGGUGGAUGUGACGUCCUUUGAGCAGUUGGCACUUCCGGUCUUGAGGAAUGCAGGUUCCAGCAGUGGCCCAGGCCAGAGAGUGUGUGUCAUCGAUGAGAUUGGGAAAAUGGAGCUUUUCAGCCAGCCUUUCAUCCAGGCCACUCGUCACACACUGUCCACCCCAGGGAUCGUGGUCCUCGGCACCAUCCCCGUCCCAAAAGGGAAACCGCUGGCCCUUGUGGAAGAGAUACGGAACAGGCCCGACGUCAUGGUGUUCAGUGUCACCAAGGAGAACAGAAACCACCUUUUGACAGAAAUUGUGACGUGUGUGCAGAGUGGCCGGAAAUGAAGCUGAUCUGUGUCACCGCUUUUCUGCACGUGGGGAAAUGUGCGCGUUCCCGAGGAGCCUGUCAAGGUUUUAUGCCUGCAGGUUUCUCCAGAGCGCCUGACAGCUGUUUUCCAUAAAGUGUUUAAAGGAUCGAAUUAGCCUUAAUGCUGGAUUGACUUUAAGACUAACCAUCCACUGGGGUUGAUUUAUGCCGAGAGAUUUGUUUAUUUCCUCUUGCAGUUGUGCGUAUGAUUUGGGUAAAUAUGAGAUGAGAAGUGGUUUUCAGAGUAUUCGAUGGAGACUGCCCCCCUGAAGCUUAUACAUGUGUUCACCGCCUCCUUGGUUCUGCGUGUCCUGAGCACCAAGUCCCUUUCCAGGUGCAGCUGCCGUCCCAGCAUCUUCAAGUGAUGUUAUUUGAUUUUUAAAAAUUACUAUUUCAAAAGCCAACCAUUUAGGUUCUCCCCUAUCCAUCUCUUACUGUUUGUGUAUUGCUUAAUACAUUAAACAUUAAUGUGAUGUUGGCA